AUGUCAGGAUUGUUAAGAAAUUUCGAAAAGUUAGUUUGCCAAAGCCAAUUAAGCAAGGCUGGCCACAAGCUCUUGUUGAGAAGCCCCAAUUCUACUUUACACCCAACUGCUUUUUAUUACAAAAGAAACUCUAGCUAGCGUUUAGCCAACGAAAUGGAUGUUUUCCAAUUAGGUUUAGCUGCUGCUGCCCUUACUCGUCAAGCAAACAAUUACGCUUAACUUUUGGAUCAAGUCGAUAAAGAAGCUGUUCGCGAAGAAGUUUAAGAAAGAAUUACUUAAAAUCAUAGUGAUCUUAAUGUUUAUUUUGGCGAAAUUCUUUCUCUAUUCAAAAUUGGUAAAAAGGAAUGUCCUGUCUAAACUGUAGCUGACAUUUCUUAUGUUCUUGCCUUUGGUCCCAUCUAAGUUCCCAAUGCAGCUGCCAUCAUAACUGAAAAUCUUCUUCCUGUUCUCAAGGAAAAGCUUGAUUACGCAUCUAUUCAUAAUUUAUAAGAUAUCUUGAGUGCUUUUGUUAAACUCAAUUAUGUUUCUGAUAAGGAAUUACUUAAGAGACUGAUUACUGCUCUUUCUCAAAAAGAUUUCCCAAAUCAAUUACAACCUGUCACUAAUCAUGCCUGGAACAUUGAUUAAUACGAAUACAGCGAUUGCAACUCUUGGAAUAUUGUUUCAUGUGGUGAUAAUACUUUUGAAAAAUAUAUCCACGAAGGCGGCUGUGAAAAUAGUUUGGCUAAAGCUAAGUUCGCUGUCCACGAGUUAUUGGACCACAUAUCUUUUAAUUUCGUUAAUCCUUUCUUAUUCAGAGAGAACCGUAUUAAUCACAGAUUUGCCAAGAGAAAUGCUGACUUGGAUCAUGAAGUCUUGAUGCAAACUCUCUCUAAGCUUUAGGAAAUUGUUCCUGAAACUUCAGAAGCUAUCGCCACUAUUAAAGCUAGACUUUGA